UUGAGGGAGGGGGUGGUUUUGAGAGAUUAAUGGAAGGGUUGGAUGGGAUGAUAGAAAGGCUGUUGGAAGGGGGAAAGAUCAGAGGGAAGAAGAUUCAGCUGGCGGAGCCUGAGAUCCGUCUUCUUUGCACCACCGCCAAGGACGUUUUCCUCUCCCAGCCUAACCUCCUUGAGCUAGAAGCUCCCAUUAACGUCUGUGGAGACAUCCACGGGCAGUACCCAGAUCUCCUCCGCCUGUUCGAAUACGGCGGUUUCCCGCCACACUCCAACUACCUCUUCCUCGGCGACUACGUCGACCGAGGAAAACAGAGCAUCGAAACCAUAUCACUCCUCCUAGCUUACAAGAUCAAAUACCCCGACAACUUCUUCCUCCUGCGUGGAAACCACGAGUGCGCUUCCAUCAACCGCAUCUACGGCUUCUACGACGAGUGCAAGCGCCGGUUCAGCGUCCGGCUGUGGCGGAUAUUCACAGACUGCUUCAACUGCUUGCCGGUGGCGGCGGUGAUAGACGAGAAGAUACUGUGUAUGCACGGCGGGCUAUCGCCGGAGUUGGAGAGCUUGGAUCAGGUACGGGCUGUUGAGAGGCCCGUUGAUGUGCCGGAUCAGGGGUUGUUGUGUGACCUGCUUUGGGCUGACCCGGAUAGGGAUGUUAAAGGGUGGGGGGAGAAUGAUAGAGGGGUUUCGUUUACGUUUGGGGCUGAUAAGGUGGUUGAGUUUUUGAAGAAGCAUGAUCUUGACCUUAUAUGUCGUGCGCACCAGGUGGUGGAGGAUGGUUAUGAAUUUUUCGCAGAUAGGCAGCUAGUUACCAUAUUCUCUGCACCAAACUACUGCGGGGAAUUCAACAACGCGGGUGCACUGAUGAAUGUGGACGCGAGUUUGCUUUGCUCGUUCCAGAUUCUCAAGCCAUGGCGAGGGAAGCUAGCUUUUAUGGAGUAAUUCGUUUGCAAAGACUGCAGGCACUCGCUAAGCUCCAUCACGUCGAUCUUACCGUGUUAAGGGUGUGAGCCGGUUGCUGUGUUUCCGGAAGCAGAAAUAUUAGCUCACAAUCAAGCAUCAGAAGAAGAAAAGAAAAAAAACAGGCUGUGCAUAUAUGAUCUUCUAGGAACAAAUAAGUAGAUUGCGAAGUUCAGUGCAGUAUGAAGUAACAAAUUAAGCACGUUAAGCACAGGUGUCACUAACCCUGUGCAUUUUAUUUAUAAGUCAUAAUAUCUUGUUCACUAGUUCUCCAAAUUUUUACCCUUUUCUUUCUGCUACAACCCUCAUUAGACAAUUUACUGCACGAGUUCUACACAGUUGGCAUUUCUCUUUCCUAU